CCUACUUUCGUUUUCACCACUGAGAAGUGAUCUAUUUUUAGCAAUUAGCUUAACUAAAUUGCAUGUGAAUUUAUUGUGAUAUCACCUGUUUAACUUAUGCUAAUAUCUGCAGCAUAGUAUAUGAUUAUGAAUGGAAAGAAAAAUGGGAUCGAAGCAGCAGCCUAAAAAGUAUUUAGAUUCGUCAAAAAAUAUCGACGGGUCACUGACGAAGCCGAAGAGACGGACACGCCGGGAGGAAUUCAGUGAUAAUGAAUUAUUAUCGGAAGAUGAUGAAGAUUAUCAAGAUGACCAAGAAGAUCAGCAAGAUGAAGACACAACCAAUAAUUUAGGCCGAAGUCAUAAACCAAAUACACCAAGUACUUCCAAGAGACAUGACACUGGAAACUAUGAAGUCAGAGGUGCCCAGACGACUACAGUUGAUGAUAUCGCUGAGCCAAAAUCAAAAAAGAAAGUACCCCCAAAGUCGCUCGGAGAACAAAUUUUCACACCAGUCUUUAUGUAUCAAUUUUUUAUAACCAUUACCUGUGUCCUCUUGGUGAAUUACUGCUCUGUAUCCAUUCUCAGCAACAAUGUUCCUGUAAGUGACACUUCUUUCAGAAGUAAUGAUAAGGUUAUUGAUAUUGGCCGGAAAGUGCAAAAGGCACUUGAUACUGAAAUGGGUAAAGCUGACAUUGGUGGAAAAGUGCAAGAAGCAAUUCAUUUCAAAUUAAACAAUGCUGACAUUGACAGUAAAGUACAAGAUGCAAUUGAUAUUAAAUUACCUGACGCUCUUAACAACCAGGUACAUCAUAUUGUGCGCGACGAAGCUGAAUCUGCAGUUAAGGGCCUUUAUAUGAAACGCGUUAUAGAAAUGCAGGUAUCUGAAAAUAGCGAGGGAAUAAAAAGUGAUGUUGAACAAUCAUUAUCUUCUAGAAUAGCUAAUGCUUUUGGGAUUGUUCUUGAUAAAAAUGUUGCUUCUCUAGAAGAAGCUAUAGGUGGUAUUGCAGAAUUUUUUAACAAACCUCUUGCAUCCUUUGAACAAGAACUAAAAACGGCUGAAGGAGAGGUUUCAAAGCUACAUGAUAACUUUAAAUCGGCAAGUGGAAGUUUAAAACAACUGUCUGAAAGUUAUUCAGAAAUGUCAACCUCGAGAAAGCAUGAUUCAGAUAAAAUUGAUAAAUUACAGACUACUGUACAAAAUGGAGAGCAUAAACUAAAAGAUAUGGAUACCGAGUUAGAAAAACUGAAGAAAACGGUAUCGAACACAAAAAGUCUAUAUGAGGAGUAUAAACACAAAGUGCAACAGCUGAACGACAUCCGAUCCAGAGUCGAUGCUAUACAACCAAACAUAUUUAACAAAGACAGUUUCAUUACGGCCUUUAUGAUAUUGAUUGUGAUAGUACUCUUGCAAGCUGUAUUCGUAUACAACCUGUAUCAACGUUUAAAUAAUGACAUUCCGGGAAGGACGGGCGGACGAACAACAGCUGAACACAGGAACAACUUGGGUAACAAUGAAGUCCUGAGGAUGAUUCCUGAUGGAGCAGAGCUUGAAGCUGGGGUAUGUAUCAUCAGCUUUGAUGAAUCAAGGACGGCAACUCACAGACGUAUACUGGAUUCAGCAAACAUUCCAAACUGUAGAGUACAAGUUCACGUGGUUAGAAGACACGAGCACAUUCCUGAACUACCCAGAUGUAAAGUGUACCUGAUGUGUACAGAGUUUUCUGAAAGGCAUGUUAUAAUCGAGGAACCGGGUAAAGGUCUAGGAGAUCUUCACAGAACUACAUACGGUGCAGUCGUAAAACUUGGAGGUUGUCUAAUAAUCCUGUACACAAGAGACCCAGGUUCAAGAAAUUUGAAAGAUCAUGUCCGAUAUAACAAGAAUAUAUAUUGUGUAACAAAUCAGCCGGAACUCUCAGACCUUAACCAAGAUGGCCGCUUCUUCAGCGUCUGUGAUGAUCUCAAUAAUUACCAAAAAACUGAACUACGGAGAAAGAUCACUGAACAUAUGACAUAAUUCUUAGAUAAUCAUUUUAAGUUAAUUAUUUAAAACUUUUUCACCACAAAUUGUUUAAUGUUGUGUAUCCCAUACACAGUACCUAGUUAUUCUCCAAGUUCGUCACCCUCGGUGGAGCAAUAGUAUUAAUAUAUAUUUAGCGUGUUUAAAAUUAAUUUCAUUGAAUUCUGAAUAAGCAUAUUGCACAUAAUUGAGGGAACAUUAUUAUGAACAUUCCAAUCAUGUGUCGUAAGUGAUAGGAGUAGUUACCUUUUAAAAUGUUGGACUAUAGUUAUUAUGGUAUACGACUUUGUGUAUAUGAGAUACAGGCACUAUCUGGCUGAAUGGUGUAACGAAAAUGGGCAGCAUAAUGGCGCAAUCUAAUAGUUCUGAGUAUGUUGUUCUGAAGAGCAUUUUUAGUAUGCUGAAAGCACAUGGCAGAUCUUUGCUUGACCUUUUGAUAGCAAUUCAUGAAAUAAUUGCACAUUCGAAUUUAUUAUGGAACUCUAGAAGUCUGUCUCAAUUGUCGCUGAUUUUAUAGUGCGUCUGUGUGAUUGCAAAUAUUGUUUUGAAUAAGGGGUGACUACCUACACUUUUCUAUUGAUUUAAUUGAGCUCAGACAAGGACAUGUUAAGGUAGUGGAUACGUAAUGACAAUUGGAGAUUUCCAUUCGAUAAUGUAUGCUCAGUAUGCGGUUUCGGCAUUCUCCGGUAGGAACGGAAAUGAGCUACAUUAGAUUUCUAUCAUCCGAAGAAUGCUGAAACGCCAUACAAGAAUACGAGUAAAGAAUACUCCGGGUCCACUUCCUGAAAAAACAAAGAUGGGUUCUGCUUUGAACUGUAUCAAGUAGAUUUUUUCAUUCUAAAAAUUGUCAACGUUUUGCAAAUGUAUGUCUGUUGGUAUACAUGAGGUAACAAGUGAUUGGUCAGGGACCACAUUUUGUGAUGACCGCUUGGUGUAAUAAUUUGUUGUGUGUAAUGUUUGCAAGUGCCUUAUUGGCUAUCACUAUGUAUAUUGUAACUUUUUUGCUUUUGUUUGAUCGCUUGGCGAAAGCGUAACGCCGUUUUUGUAUGAUAAGUCAAUGAAGUCAUUGACGCCAUCAUAUCAUUUCAAAAGAGGGAUAGAACAAUUUACCUUGUUUUGGUAUACGAUUGUACAUAGCUGCUUUAAAAUAUGAGGAAAUAUUUAAUGUCAAGGGAUCACAUUUCUCCAUGAUUUUUAAUGAUUUAUUAUACGCCCGUUUGAAAAACGGGACGUAUUAUGGGAACGCCCCUGGCGGGCGGAUGGGCGGGCGUGCGGAUGGGCGGGCGGGCGGCGUCCACAGACUUUGUCCGGAGCAUAUCUUCUACAUGCAUGAAGGGAUUUUGAUGAAACUUGGCACAGUUGUUCACCAUCAUGAGGCGGAGUGUCAUGCGCAAGAACCAGGUCCCUAGGUCUAAGGUCAAGGUCACACUCAGAGGUCAAAGGUCAAAUUCAAGAAUGACUUUGUCCGGAGAAUAUCUUCUUCAUGCAUAGAGGGAUUUUGAUGAAAGUUGGCACAAUUGUUCAUCAUCAUGAGAAGGAGUGUCAUGCCCAAGAACCAGGUCCCUAGGUCUAAGGUCAAGGUCACACUUAGAGGUCAAAGGAUACAAUAAUGACAACUUUGUCCGGAGCAUUUCUUCUUCAUGCAUAGAGGGAUUUUGAUAUAACUUGGCACAAAUGUUCACCACCAUGAGGCGGAGUGUCAUGCGCAAGAACCAGGUCUCUAGGUCUAAGGUCAAGGUCACACUUAGAGGUCAAAGUAUACAAGAAUGAAAACCUUGUCCGGAGCAUUUCUUCUUCAUGCAUAGAGGGAUUUUGAUAUAACUUGGCACAAAUGUUCACCACCACGAGACGUAGUGUCAUGCGCAAGAACCAGGUCCCUAGGUCUAAGGUCAAGGUCACACUUAGAGGCCAAAGGUCAGAUACAUAAAUGACUUUGUCCGAAGCAUUUCUUCUUCAUGCAUGGAGGGAUUUUAAUGUAACUUGACACAAUUAUACACCAUCAUGAGACGAAGCGUCCUGCGCAGUUCCUUUAGAAUUACUUCCCUUUGUUGUUACUAUAAAUAGCUUAUAUUGUAACUUUUUCAUUACUAGUCGUAGGGAAUUUCUGUAGUACAACAUGCAUGCUACAUCCAAUGUUGAGGUAUAUUUUGACCAAUCUCUACCUGGUAAAGAUUUUUGCGAGGACUUACAAUUUUUUUUUUUUUAUUUUUUUUUUUAUUUUUUUUUUUUUUUUUUUUUUUUUUUUUAAGAUUAACUUCCCUUAGUUGUUACUAUAAAUAACUUAUAUUGUAACUUUUUUAUAACUGACCGUAGGGAAAAACCAGGACCACUUUUCUGUGGUACAACAUAGAUAUUACUUUCCAAUUUUAGGUGUAUUCAAGGUAUCUCUACCUGGUAAGGAGUUUUUUCGUGGACUUAGAAAACAAAACACUUACAGUUAUUACUAAACAACCACAAAAUUAAAAUUCCAUUUGCAAAUACAGGUGCUAGAGUAAAGAAAUUUGCUGUGACGGGCGUAUAUUGUGACAUUCUUGCACUCUUGUUUUUGUAUUGUUUACAUCUUUUUAUGGCUUGUUGACAUUUCUAUGAACAGUUAGUGUACAGGAUUUGUGCUUUGAUAAACGUUUCUAACGGACAUGUUUUAACACAACUGGCAAAACGUUCCAUAUCACUGCUGUGUGUACAAAUUCCGUAUCCAAAAACCUGUAAUGUAAAUGACAACGUGUGUAAUGACGCAUGCGUCUGAGUUCCUUUGAUUAUUAUUUGAAAGAAAUUGUACAGCAUCCCUAGAAAACAUAUAAUGGAACACGUUAGUCACUUGUGUAAUCCGGUCCUCUGUGAUAUUACGUACAACCCAAACACACUUAGCUAAUAGUAUAGCGAAAAAUUCGUAAUUUGGACUGCCAGUUUAUAAUGGUUAAAGACGUCAUACUAGUGUAAAUGACAUAUAUAUAUUUAUGUACAUUACUAACAAACAAAAAAUGGUCAUGAGACCAGCAAUUAAAAUUAUUGGAAUACAGCAUGACGGGAUAACUGUGUUUCAUCCAUACCCAAAUAUGAUUAAAAUGAAUGUUGUUUUAUUGUACAUGUAUUGCACAUUUGUAUUCCGGUUUUUUAUAUGUACAUAGAAUUUUAAACUGUGGCAGCUACAUAGACGUAUAGACUCCACGAACGUUGGGCUGAUGAUGUAAUUAUCUUUGUAAAUAUGCGUAGAUAACAGUUUUGUAUAAUAAAUGAAGUCUACAA